AUGUUGUUAAACUUUAGAACUGUUUUUCAUUUGUGUUGUGCGAUAUAUCUACACAUUGUCAUUGUGGCAGGGGUUGUGUCCUCAUAUCACAGAGGAAAGCCAUGGACACAAACAAAUCAAGUCUACGAAACGGGUAACAGAGUCAAAAGGUGGUCGAAUGCAGCCUUCCAUUACGUGCAUAAUCUAAAUUGUGACAGUAUUUUCUUUACGACUACGAAAGAAUGUCGCAGUCUGGUUUCCGUACCUAAAUCUGCCAUGAACAUACAUGUUGCAUUACCGUCUGCUUACGGUAAAUAUAAAACUAUACUACCCGACGAUUCUCUGUCCAGACAUCAGCUUCAUCAAGCAGUGAUGGUCGUGGAUCCGUACCCCCGGGCUAAUUUUGGUCACCUGGUAAUAGUGUUCUAUAUAGAUAUUGGUGUUACAAGCAACAUGUGCCAGAAAUCUGGUGGAGUGUAUUUAGAAAAUAGCGAGUGUAUGACCCUGGCUUUAAGAAAAAGAUGUCGAAAUACAAUGGGAAGAAAAUCCAAGAGAAGAAAUUACGCCCGACGUUGUGAGAUUAACUUUUUACCAGUUGUUCACCUUCAAUCCAACAGAGACGCCAAAGUAUACAUGGCCAAACGAACAAAUCAUUUGAAAUGUAUGUCCCAUGUGGCUGGAUUUGGUUCAUGUCCUACACUGAGAACAGUGAAUGAAACGAGAAAGAUUAUUUGUAAUCCAAUUCGUGAUAAUACUCAAAGAUGUGCAACAACUCACCAGACUGUUCGAACGAGCUGUCGUUUAUUUGAAAUCUGCGAUCAGGCUGUGCUCGUUUCUGGUGGUUGGAACCGACACACCACAGGGUUACGUCAUAAGCAGAAUAUCGAACACGUUUAUGAUUUCUUCAGAUCCAAUGGUUUUAAAAGACGAAACAUUAAAAUAUUCUUUGCAAAUGGUGCUCAAUCAUUGAUACGCCGUGGUGAUCCACCCCAGAGAGUUUACCCAGCUGCGAUGAAACUUGCUUUAAGAUACCACUUGAGAAAACUGUGUCUAUCGUCACACUGUGUUGAUUCAUUGGUGCUGUAUCUCAAUUCUCCAGCUAAAAACGACGGAAUUAGUCUACUGUGGGACAUCAAUAGUGAUGGUUUGGCCGAGGAUAAUGAAAAGUAUCCUGUAUCAGAACUAAAAGAUGAUCUGAGGAAUUGUGCUGCUAAAAAUGUUCAUCUUAUAGUUGAUCAGAGUUAUUCUGGAAUUAUUGCCGAGGCUUUUCACAAUUCACCGGAACAUUCCAAUAUUAUUGUAUUUACGAGUGGAAGGAGUAACGAGUAUUCGUAUGAUGACGAGUUUACCUUACAUUGGACUCUUUACAACCAGUCUCGAUCGUGUACUAGAGAUAUAUUCGAGCAAAGUAAGAAUGCAGUGAAACAUUCAACCCCUCAACUUGGUGAAGGAAGACUUGGUCAAGUAAAGAAAACAGUGUUUGGUGCUCCUUGUGAUACGUCACCUGCUUACACUAACAGGGAACUACGUCAUAAAUAUUUGGGGUGCCAGAAUCUCCCCACAGCUGUGUGGUUAAUGAAGAUGUUACAGCGGGAUGAUGGUAUUCCUGGACUAAAUAAAAAGAAAUUAAUGUGA